AUGGGACUCAACUUCGUGCAAGUCAACCUCAACCAUUGUCGCGUGGCACAAGACCUCGUCGCGCAAUUCAUGGUUGAAGAAAGAGUCGACGUUGCCCUGCUCAGCGACCCCUACAAUGCGGAUAACCCAUCCAGCGCCUGGCACGUGAGCGCAGGACAACGGAAGGCGGCCAUCUAUGUUGCGAGCACGGGAGUAACGGUGGCCAACGUCAUCAGCGACCCCGAGUUCGUCUCAGUUCGGCUUAACGGCGUCCAAGUGUACAGCUGCUACGCGUCGCCCAACAGACCCCUCGAAGACUUCCAGGACCUUCUCCGCCGUCUCGAGGACAGCAUCAGGACCGUUCAACAGGAAGCCCCCGUCCUCGUCACCGGGGACCUCAACGCGAGAUCCGCUGCGUGGGGCGACUGGGUCGACAACAGGAGAGGUGAAGAACUGGAGCUGCUGAUCGAGUCCCUCGGCCUGGUCAUUGCGAACUCGGGCUCAACUCCAACUUUCUCAAGAGGCGCCGGAUCCAUCGUCGACGUCACCCUGUCCUGCGACUCCUUGGCUGCUCGCAUCACAGACUGGAGAGUACUGGAGUCGGUGUUCAACAACAGCGAUCACCAUUACAUCAGGUUCUCCCUGACUCCCGGACGCGACCGAGACAGAGCCCCUCCCGCGACAACAGUCGCCCCACGCGCCUGGAACACUGCGGGCGGUGUCGCCAACGACACCUUCCUCGCCGGACUGAUCCUGGCCGAGUGGCUCGAGCAAGGCGGCCUCCAGGACUGGCAAGAUGCUGAGCGCGGGGCCUCCGCAUUUCGAUCGAGGGUCACAGCAGCCUGUGACCUUGCCUUUUCCGCCCGCCGGACACCCAAUCAUAGGAAGCCUCCCGUUCACUGGUGGAACGCGGACAUCGAGGCUCUCCGCGCCGACUGCACCAGGGCCAAACGCCGGAUGACGAGGAUGACCGCCCGGGUGUCAAGACUGCGGCGCCGCCAGGCCAACGAGUUCGACGAAGAACGGGCAGAAGCUGAGCUCGCCUUGACCAACGGUGCUUACCGUGAAGCCAAGAGGCAGUUGAAGAUCGCCAUCCUGCGCAGCAAGAAGACGUGCUGGAAAGAGCUAAUUUCCUCAGUGGACACCGACCCGUUCGGUAAGCCAUACAAACUGGUGAUGCGCAAGCUGAGAGGUCCCCCACCAACAGCCUCGAUGGAAUACGCGACGCUGCAGUCGGUCGUCGAUACCCUGUUCCCGAAACACCAAGCGAGAACGGACGGCCCGCUGGUCCCUGCGGAUCCUGUAGUCCUGUUCACGGCUUGGGAAGUGGACUUGGCGGUCGAGAGGGCGGGCAGCAAGAACAAAGCCCCAGGCCCAGACGGACUCACUGGCAAGAUACUCCGAGCGGUGCACAAGGCGCACCCGAACAUCCUACCGGACCUAUACAACAGCUGCCUCCGCAGUGGGACCUUCCCUAAGGAAUGGAAGACCGCUAGGGUGGUGCUGCUGAAAAAAGGGAACAAGCCGGACGGUGUACCCUCUUCCUACAGGCCUCUCUGCCUGUUGAAUGACGUCGGCAAGAUCCUCGAGUUCCUGCUCGCGCGAAGACUAGAGGACCACAUGUCGGACAGCGGUGGGCUCUCGGACAACCAGUUUGGCUUCAGGAAAAAGAAGUCCACGGACGACGCGGUACGUGAGUUACAGGCCAACCUCUUGGAAGGAGUCAACGAGGGUAAGUACUGCCUAGCCGUCAGCAUCGACAUCCGGAACGCAUUCAACUCCAUCAAGUGGUCGGACAUCAUGAACGCCCUGCUGGGGUGGAGCGUCCCGCAAUACCUGCAGAACAUGUUCAGGUCGUACUUCUCCGGAAGGACAGGAACGGUGCACGCGAACUGCGCGGAGGGUGGUACCCUAGAUAUAGAGAUUUCCGGAGGCGUGCCCCAGGGUUCCGUCGUAGGCCCCCUCCUAUGGAACGCUACGUUUGAUGCCGUCCUGAGAACCGAGCUGCCCAGCGGAGCGAAGCUGCUGGGAUUCGCGGACGACACGAUGUUGGUCACCAGGGCCAAGUCGACCCAGGAGCUGGAAGAAGUGACCAAUGAAGCACUGUCCCUGUUGGAGAAGCGGAUCACUGACUUUGGCCUUCAGAUCGCGGUGGAGAAGACCGAAGCCGUCCUCUUCACGUACAAGUACAAGUACACACAGCCCGCGAUCAGACUGUGCGGCGGCGACAUUCAACUCUCGACCGAGAUGACCUAUCUUGGGAUGGUGGUUGACAAGUCGAUGCUGUUCAAGGGCCAUGUGAAGAGAGCGGCAGCCAGAGCAGCGGCUAUCGGGAACCAGUUGGCAAGGAUCAUGCCGAACAUGGGCGGGCCCCGAGAGGACCGACGACGGCUCCUGUCGUCGGUGGUGCAUUCGGUGCUCCUAUACGGUGCCCCUAGCUGGGCGCAUACGCUGGAGAUCGUGCCAGGAAACGUCCGGACCCUGAACAGAGCCCAACGGAGAGUUCUUCUCCGAUGUGCCUGCGCGUACCGCACCGUCUCCGAGGCGGCAACUAACGUGAUCGCCUCAACGCCGCCUGCAGACCUCUUGGCGAAGGAGAGAGAGACGGUGUUCGACCAGAGACGGGGCCCCGCAGCACCCACGGCAGGCAACGUUCCGAGGACCAACACAAUGGAGGCGUGGCAGGAGAGAUGGUCGACGGAGGAAUCUGGCAGCUGGACCAGACGGUUGAUCCCGGACGUCCGUCCCUGGUGCGCCAGGAGCCACGGGCUGACAACAUUCCACCUGACGCAAUUCCUGUCGGGACACGGAUGUUUCGGCCAGUAUCUGCACCGUAUCCGGAAGCUGGACAACCCGAGGUGUGUGGACUGUCUCGCGCCAGUUGACGACGCAGAACACGCGAUCUUCGUUUGCGAUAGGUGGUGGCGUCGGAGAAUGGAGCUGAAAGUUACUAUCAACGACACAUUCACUCCUGAGACCGUAGUGGGGAAGAUGCUGGAGUCACAGUACAACUGGACGGCAGUAGAGCAAUUCGUGAAGGAGGUGCUGACGAAGAGGGAAUCCGAGGAAAGAGAACGGCAACGUCAAGAAUAA